UACAGAGGCUGGUAUCGGAAGACGGAGACAGGCCAAUCGGAGAGGGAAAUCGAGGAAGAUGAAUGCGGUGGGGAGACAGGUGCCGAGAUCUAAUCACCAGCGCCAGUACUCUGACAACUUCUUAGACGCCUCCUCCAAGUGGUUCCAAUCCGCCAGUAAUCUCUCGCAGGAUUUCACGCUCUAUGGGGCAAGAACGGGCAGGAACGCGCCGCCGAGGAGCGGCAGAGAGCGGUCGCCGUCGGAGUCGCUGACGCCGUCGCUUUGCUCGAGAUCUUCGAGCAUGAGGAUGUACGGAGAGGAUCAACUGUCGCCGAGUGAGCUUAGCCCCGGCUUGCUCGAUCUGCAUUCCUUUGACACUGAGCUAUUGCCUGAGAUGCCCAUAGCCAGCCUAUAUAAUGGGAACAAACGUCACCAACCAGUUCUUGGUAAAAGUCUUGAUGAUGCCGGACCAUUUCUGUCCAUCAACAAGCUUACAAGCAAAGCGCGAGGUUUUCAGGAGAAUAAUCCUCUUAAAAGUUUCUCAGUUGACAAAGAAAGAGCCAACAAUGUCGCAAAAAUCAAAGUUGUGGUGCGCAAGAGACCACUAAAUAGAAGGGAAAUUGCAAAAAAGGAGCAAGACAUAAUAACAAUAGAACCAAAUUCCAAUUAUCUCACUGUUCAUGAAACAAAACUCAAGGUCGACUUAACAGAAUAUGUUGAGAAACAUGAAUUUGUUUUUGAUGCCGUGCUGGAUGAAGAUGUUUCAAAUGAUGAAGUGUACUCUGAGAGUGUGGAGCCCGUAGUUCCUCUGAUUUUUCAGAAAACGAAAGCAACAUGCUUUGCAUAUGGCCAAACAGGCAGUGGUAAGACUUAUACUAUGCAACCACUGCCCCUCAAAGCAUCUCAAGAUAUUUUAAGGUCAAUGCACCAAACAUACCGGAAUCAAGGCUUUCAAUUAUUUGUCAGUUUCUUCGAGAUAUAUGGGGGGAAACUGUUUGAUCUCCUAAAUGAUCGAAGAAAGCUUUGCAUGAGGGAGGAUGGUAAACAGCAGGUGUGCAUUGUGGGCUUGCAAGAAUACAGGGUCUUUAAUGUGGAGACAAUAAAGGAGCUUAUUGAAAAAGGGAAUACUACAAGAAGCACCGGUACAACUGGUGCAAAUGAGGAAUCUUCUAGAUCACAUGCUAUACUUCAGCUAUGUGUCAAGAGAUCAGCCGACGGAAGUGAAUCAAAGCCUGCCCGACUUGUAGGCAAGCUAUCUUUCAUAGAUCUUGCUGGAAGUGAGCGUGGUGCAGAUACUACUGAUAAUGAUAAACAAACAAGAAUGGAAGGUGCUGAGAUCAACAAAAGCUUACUAGCUCUAAAAGAAUGCAUUAGAGCCCUUGAUAAUUACCAGGGUCACAUUCCUUUUAGAGGAAGCAAGUUGACUGAAGUGCUUAGAGACUCAUUUGUCGGUGACUCACGUACCGUUAUGAUUUCAUGCAUUGCGCCCAGCUCAGGAUCAUGUGAACACACCCUCAACACGCUAAGAUACGCUGACAGGGUAAAGAGUUUAUCUAAAGGGAACAACUCUAGAAGGGAUCAGUUGUCUUCGUCUUCAAACCUUAGAGAAUCUACUGCACUUCCUUUGCCUUCUGUUUUACCAAUUGAAUCAACCUUUGAGGAUAACAUGACAUGUGUUACUAAUGAAAAGAACAAGUUCAGUCGGUCCAAGCAGAUUGAAAAAGAUCUCUCCCCACCAUUUAUUGUGGAUCGUGUUCCUAGCAGGAGGAUAGAAGGAAGUUUGGCUGCAUCUGUCUAUUCAGAUUAUUAUAAAGGUCAGAGAGGUGGUCCAAAUGGUUUAUGUGAAGAUGAUUUUGAUUAUACUGAGCAGUACUAUGAAGAAGAAAAACCAUCACAAAUGAAUAGCAAGAAGGUAGAUACAUACCAAAAAUCACUUCUGGAAGACAAGAGGAAGAUUGGUACUCAGAUGAAGCACAGGAAUCAGCAAGACUUUGAGGCCAACAACUCUAAUUCUGAUGAUGAUCUUGUUGCCCUCUUAAAGGAAGAGGAAGAUCUUGUGACUGCUCACAGAAGACAAGUAGAGAAGACGAUAGACAUUGUUAGGGAGGAAAUGAAUCUGCUGGUUGAAGCUGAUCAGCCAGGAAAUCAGCUAUAUAAUUACAUCACAAAACUAAACGCCAUACUUUCACAGAAGGCCACAGAAAUUCUUCAACUGCAGAACCAGUUGGCUCAAUUUCAGAAGCAUCUGAAUGAGCACAAUGUUUUGGUGUCUUCUGGUGAUUGAUAUAAUCUCUAGGGUGAUGAUCGACACAAUGCGAGUUUUAAGUUGAUAUGAUCAUUGAUAUUUUCUAUUGGUUGGGGUUUUGUUUGAUUUAUGGGUAACUUCAACCGGUUACAUGUUCCACUUUGUAAUGGGGUUAGUUUUUGCUGGUUUUGUUUCUUUCUUUGUAACUUAUGAAGACUCUUUUGUAAAAUCUGCAUAAGAAAGAAAAAGGAAAAAGAAAAAAAAGAAAAAAAAAGAAGAAAAAAGCAAAGCCAUGCUUGAGUUGCUAAGAUAAUUUUUUCAUCAAUAUCUGAAACCAAA